CUCGACCAAUCAGAGUGCGACGGAAGGAGGCGGCUCGAUCUCAGGGAGCUAGGAAGGGGGCGAGACUGGCUGAUAGGCGUCCCCACCUUUCUUAGACCUGAAUAACUGUAUCUCGUAACAGCGCUGCAGUCAUGUGUGGAAUAUUUGCUUAUCUCAACUACCAUGUUCCAAGGACACGCCGGGACAUCCUUGAGAUUCUUAUCAAAGGUCUUAAACGCCUGGAAUACAGAGGCUACGACUCAGCAGGUGUGGGAAUCGAUGGAGGCAAUAGCAAAGACUGGGAAUCAAAUGCCAAGGCCAUCCAACUGAUCAAGCAACGUGGAAAAGUUAAGGCUCUCGAUGAGGAGAUUCACAAACAGCAGGAUCUUGACCUGGAUGUGGAAUUGGAUGUUCACCUUGGCAUUGCUCACACCCGCUGGGCGACCCACGGUGUGCCGAGCCCAGUGAACAGUCAUCCACAACGAUCGGACAAGAACAAUGAGUUCAUUGUAAUUCACAACGGAAUUAUUACCAACUACAAAGAUCUAAAGAAGUUCCUGGAGAGCAAAGGUUAUGAGUUUGAGUCAGAGACGGAUACCGAGACUAUUGCCAAGCUGGUGAAGUACAUGUAUGACAACCGGGAAAGUGACGACAUCAGUUUUGCCACACUGGUGGAGCGUGUGACCCAGCAGCUGGAAGGAGCUUUCGCACUGGUCUUCAAGAGUGUGCAUUACCCUGGAGAGGCAGUUGGAACAAGGAGGGGAAGUCCCCUCCUGAUGGGAGUGCGCAGUGAUCACAAGCUGUCCACCGAUCAUAUCCCAGUGCUCUACCGCUGCUCUGGAAAAGAGAAAAAGAGCUGCAAUUCCCUGCCCAGGACAGACCAGGACACAUGCCUGUUCCCACUGGAUGAGAAAGCUGUGGAGUACUACUUUGCAUCUGACGCAAGUGCUGUAAUCGAGCACACAAACCGGGUGAUCUUCCUGGAGGAUGACGAUGUGGCUGCUGUGAUGGAAGGUCGGCUGUCCAUCCACAGGAUAAAGCGUCGGGCGGGGGACUACCCGGCCCGCGCCAUCCAGACCCUGCAGAUGGAGCUACAGCAGAUUAUGAAGGGCAACUACAGCUCAUUCAUGCAGAAGGAGAUCUUUGAACAGCCAGAGUCUGUGGUGAACACCAUGAGAGGAAGAAUCAACUUUGACAACAACACAGUAACACUGGGUGGACUGAAGGACCACAUCAAAGAAAUCCAAAGAUGUCGGCGACUUAUCCUUAUUGCUUGUGGCACCAGCUACCAUGCUGGAGUAGCUACCCGCCAGGUUCUGGAGGAGCUUACCGAGCUCCCUGUCAUGGUGGAGCUCGCCAGCGAUUUCUUGGACAGAAACACCCCGGUCUUCCGAGACGAUGUCUGCUUUUUUAUCAGCCAGUCAGGGGAGACCGCUGACAGCCUCAUGGCUCUGCACUACUGUAAGGAGAGAGGCGCUCUGACGGUGGGCAUCACCAACACAGUGGGCAGCUCCAUCUCCAGGGAGACGGACUGUGGAGUCCACAUCAAUGCUGGGCCAGAGAUUGGAGUAGCCAGCACCAAGGCCUACACCAGCCAGUUUGUGGCUCUGAUCAUGUUCGCGCUGUUGAUGUGCGAUGACAGAAUUUCCAUGCAGCCCAGACGCCGUGAAAUAAUCCAGGGCCUCAGAGUUCUUCCAGAUUUGAUUAAGGAGGUCCUCAGUUUGGAUGACGAGAUCCAGAAGUUGGCGACAGAGCUGUACCAGCAGAAGAGCGUGCUGAUCAUGGGCAGAGGCUACCAUUAUGCAACAUGCUUGGAAGGAGCCCUGAAAAUCAAGGAAAUCACCUACAUGCACUCGGAGGGCAUCCUGGCCGGAGAGCUGAAGCACGGUCCGCUGGCUCUGGUGGAUAAACUCAUGCCUGUUAUCAUGAUCAUCAUGAGAGACCACACCUACACCAAAUGCCAGAACGCCCUGCAACAAAUCGUUGCACGUCAAGGUCGCCCCAUUGUGAUCUGUGACAAGGAUGACCCCGAAUCCAUCAAAAACUCUUGCCGCACUAUCAAAGUGCCUCAUUGUGUGGACUGCCUGCAGGGCAUCCUGAGCGUCAUCCCUCUGCAGCUGCUCUCCUUCCACCUGGCUGUCCUCAGAGGAUUUGAUGUGGACUGUCCAAGGAACCUGGCCAAGUCUGUGACAGUGGAGUAAAGGUCACGUCUAUCACCUGAUGACAAAAGCCUGGCAGGCACACUUUCAAACAACUGACAUCGAGGGAGCGUCUGUAUGAAGAGAAAACUACAUCCUGUUUGGGUGUCCCAUGUUGUCUUUUUUUUUUUUAUUAAAUAUUUUAAGUGAGGCUUGUGAAUCUCACUGUCACAUUUUAUUUGUAUCUCACUGUCUUUGAUUACUUAGAAACUUUUGGUAUUGUCAUUGUAUUGUUGGUGAAGAUUGGUUUGUGAAUGGCAGUGUCGGGGCUGACAUCUUCACCACAUCUUGUUGUUUUUAGGAUUUUAAGAUAGUAGUCAACAUAUGGUUACUUUCUUUUGUUUAGAAAGUUGUGAGCAAGCCCACCACAUUUGCUGCUGAUUGGUCUCUGUUGGAGCUGAUCCUUAGAGAAGUUAGACUUUAAAGACCUUCCUGGCUCAUUUUCUCUUUUAGUGCAAUGAUUUGUAGGUUAGUUGGGAUAACUUUCUUUGGCAGCUAAUGAUUUAAAGCGUUUUACUCCAUGACUGAAGUAAACCACAGACUUGAAUCAUUCCAAGCCAUAAGUCAUCGCUUCUUGUUUGUAAUUGCAGCUCUGUUUUGUGUUUCCCAUCCUGGACUUGUUCUUCGUCUUCUUCCCAGGAUGGGGGAGUAGCAUCACAUAUCGGAUCAUAGAAAAAUGCUUGUUUGCUCCUUGUGUAUGUUACAGAUCCUGAUUCUGUAAUAGUAUGGGUAAAAUCAUAUUUUUAUUUCUGUUGCCUUACAGAGAUCUUGUUAUGUGUUUUUAAUUGCAACUAAAUUAAGUGAAGUGAGGAAAAUUCUGUCUGAAGUUGAAGCCCUCUGUUUGCCGUUACAUACCUGGACCAUUUAGUUCUUUCCCAUUUGUUUUCUAUGUUUUUUCCCUUUUUUAAGUGAUUUUUACAAAUUUUUUUAUUCUUAUGCAGGGUUCAUUUGUUUAAAAAAAUGAUUGUUACUGUUGUUGAAAAUGUCAAACCAAAAAUCUGUGCAACGGCUUCGACGAUUGCAAACCAAAACACACACAUUGUGUUCAUCCAUUGUUUUCGUAGCGAACAAUGAUUGUGGUGGAUUUUGAUGUACAACAUAUUGAGGCCCAUAACGAGGACAUAAUACGCAGCACUAUUUUGUUUACUGGUGUUGAAAGUCAGAGGCAAUUUGUGUGGCUGUGGUCCUUUUUAGUGUGUUUUUCUUUCAGAUGCCAAGAUAAGGACAUGGCUUGAAACGAGCAUUGAAGCAGAACUGCAUAUUCUUACCAAAAAAUGGGGAGUGAAAACUAUAUAAUAUUGUUACACAUCAUUUUAAAACCCUCACUUGUUACUUUUAGUUUUUUUUCCCUUUUUCAAAUGGAUGAAGUGACCAGUGGCACGCUGUUAGAGUUGAUGCAAUAAAGUUAUUUGGUCUAAAGAUA